GUACUGAUAAUAAAGACUCAAAUGAAGACUUUUUAAAUUAUAAUAAAGAAUUAUUUAAUUUUGAUAAUGAAAUAUUGAUUGAAAAAUCUAGUGAAAAAGUGUCAAAUAAUACUUUAGAUGAAAUUGUUAAUGAAGGCUUAAAUAAUGAAUAA